CAAUACAAAAAACUUAAGGAGGAGAUUACAAUUUCUACUUAGAACAUCUCUAGCCAGGGAGCUUCCCAAGGACCAAAAUUUAAUUUUAAGAAUUGGCAGGGGCCGCGCGGACACGUACCCCCUCUACCACAAAUUAUGACGUCCACUCUCCCACUUGGGGAGAUGGUAGACCAACGCACUCACCAAGUGCAAUGUGAGCCAUUGAUCUAGGCCACAACCCUUCAUGAUCGGCUGUUGACCCCGUCCAGGAGCCGCGGGUGCUGCGACCGCUCGUGGGCCUAUUCCCUGGUGGGCUUCGGAGUCCUGGUGGGCUCCCUUUUGCUACAGCCCAGUUGUUUUCCGCAGGCUGGCCGAAGGGAUUUCAGGAGUCCUCGUUCAUCUCAAAAAAAAAGGAGUCCAUCAAAGGCGCUGAAUAUCUGCCCAGCCCAGGCAGUCUCAGAAUUCGGAGGAGAGCAGCAACCCACGAGUCAUCAAGUGCAUCUCCCUCUGUGCAUUGGCAGAUCUACGUGCGAUCCAUGGAGAAACGCAAUGUAGAUGAUCGCCUCAGUAACUUGCCCAAUGACAUUCUGGUCAACAUUCUUGACCGGCUCAAUGUCCGCGAGGCCGCAAGGACCAGUGUCCUAUCCAGACGGUGGAUCCAGCUUCCUGCCACGAUGUCGCAGCUUACAAUAACCGCUCAGGACUUUUGCCGCCCAAGAACUAGCAUGUCUGAUGAUGAGUUGCGUCGGAUCAAUGCAGCCGUGGCUGAAGCGACAAAGAGCAUAUUGGCACGCCGGGAUCCGGGUGGAUGCACCAUCCGCCUCUUGAGCACGACAUUCUUCUUGAGAGAUGAUACCCCAAUAUCCGUUGGGCGUUCCGUUGGCAAUGCCAUGGCUACACAUGAGAUUGAGAAAGCCGAAUUCACAGUUUUAACAGAGAACCAAAGCAUAGAUUUCCCUAUUGAAGAUAAGCUCAAUUAUGGAAUACAGUUUGUGUCAUUUUUUAACGAGUGCCCCAAUGCAUUUGCUGGUCUGACACGCCUCCACCUGGAGAAUUUGAGAUUUUCUGAAUCUGACUUCGUAUUGAACAUCCUCGGCACUUGCAAGCAGUUAAAAUGUUUAAGUUUUGUCAGUUGCGACACAGAGGAUUGGAUAACGCUCCAAGUUGAACAUGAACAACUCAGUGAGCUCAGUAUCUUCGAUUGCCAAUUUGACGAGGUUGAACUCAAGUGGCUUCCAAAACUCACUCGAGCAAACUUUGAGUAUUGGAUAAAUUUCGCUGAACCACCACUGUCAUUUGGUCAUGUCCCAUUGCUCGAGGUUGUGAGUCUUUCAAAUAUUGCUGUUAGUUCGCACAAAAUGGUCAAGUUAAGUACGUUACUCUUUGAGACCUCUGUACGAGACCUGAGAUUGGGGUUUAGAUGCGAAAAGAUUUGGGUUCAACCAGAGUGUUGGACCAGACAGCUGGCAUAUGUGUUCCACCAAUUAAGGAUUGUCAAUCUAGUCGAGAUUCCUGAAGGCUAUGAUCUCACCUGGACAAUGUUCAUUCUGGAAGGUGCGCCAUUCCUGGAGGAGCUCUACAUGACGGUAAUGGAUCAUCAUUGUGAAAUGCAGAUGGAUAAGGAGAAGAGGAGGGAAGGCUUGUACAGCGAGAAGAAGGGUGUAGAGUGGAAAUCAACUACAUCAAAUUUCAAGCACCACAGUCUUACCAACCUCAUCAUGUUCUGCUUUCAGUCUGAUGACCACAUGGUGCGCCAUGUCAGGCGUGUCUUGGAAGCAGCGGUGAAUCUGAAGGAUGUGUACCUGUAUGAUAGAGUGCCAUGUAGAAAGUGCGUAGACGUGAAGUCGAAAAGGUUUCCGCGGACAAAGAAGCAUAGGUGUUUGUUAAAGAAUCGAAUGACGCUGUGCAUCAUGUCACUUGCCGUUAUUCACUUCCUGAGCCCUUGCAGAAUGAGGCCUGAUCAUAGUGCAAGGACACUGCAGUUUUCUAAUUCUUUGUGUGCCUGAAAAGUUAGUUGGAAUACUUUUUUCUAUAUCAGUGGGCAAAUGAUCAUAAGCUACGACUUGUGCCAGGUUUUCUUGUUUGUGUGCCUGAAAAGUUAGUUGGAAUACUUUUUUCUAUAUCAGUGGGCAAAUGAUCAUAAGCUACGACUUGUGCCAGGUUUUCUUGUUCGAUCUGUUUUUGCAACUGCAACACCUCUUGUACAAUUGAAAACAGUUGAAAGCAAUUGUGGCACUAUCGUGAUUCGUGAAUCACUGCAUGAAUUCAAGAACUGAUUACUCCAGCAAGUAAAAUUU